AUGGAAACCUUGGAGUCUGAAUUGACCUGCCCAAUCUGCCUAGAGUUGUUUGAAGAUCCCCUUCUGCUCCCUUGUGCUCAUAGUCUCUGCUUCAGCUGUGCCCACCGCAUCUUGGUUUCCAGCUGCAGCUCUGGUGAAUCCAUUGAACCCUUUACUGCUUUCCAGUGCCCUACAUGCAGAUAUGUUAUCUCACUGAACCACCGGGGCCUGGACGGCCUCAAGAGGAAUGUGACUCUGCAGAACAUUAUUGACCGCUUUCAGAAGGCUUCAGUCAGUGGGCCCAAUUCCCCAAGUGAGAGCCGCCGGGAGAGGACUUAUAGGCCCAGUACCACCAUGUCUAGUGAGCGAAUUGCUUGCCAAUUCUGUGAACAGGACCCACCCAGAGAUGCAGUGAAAACAUGCAUCACCUGUGAGGUCUCCUACUGUGAUCGUUGCCUGAGGGCCACGCACCCCAACAAGAAGCCUUUCACCAGCCACCGCCUGGUGGAACCAGUGCCAGACACACAUCUUCGAGGGAUCACCUGCCUAGACCAUGAGAAUGAGAAAGUGAACAUGUAUUGUGUAUCUGAUGACCAAUUGAUCUGUGCCUUAUGCAAACUAGUGGGGCGUCACAGAGACCAUCAGGUUGCAUCCCUGAAUGAUCGAUUUGAGAAACUCAAGCAAACUCUAGAGAUGAACCUCACCAACCUGGUUAAGCGUAACAGCGAACUAGAAAAUCAAAUGGCCAAGCUAAUACAGAUCUGCCAGCAGGUUGAGGUGAAUACUGCUAUGCAUGAGGCAAAACUUAUGGAAGAAUGUGACGAGUUGAUAGAGAUCAUCCAGCAGAGGAAGCAAAUGAUUGCUGUCAAAAUCAAAGAGACAAAGGUUAUGAAACUGAGAAAGUUGGCACAGCAGGUUGCUAAUUGUCGCCAGUGUCUUGAACGGUCAACAGUCCUCAUCAACCAAGCUGAGCAUAUCCUGAAAGAAAAUGACCAAGCACGGUUUCUCCAGUCUGCAAAAAAUAUUGCUGAGAGGGUCGCUAUGGCAACUGCAUCUUCUCAAGUUUUGAUUCCUGACAUCAAUUUUAAUGAUGCCUUUGAAAACUUUGCUUUAGAUUUUUCCAGAGAAAAGAAAUUGCUAGAGGGGCUAGAUUAUUUAACAGCCCCAAACCCACCAUCUAUCCGAGAGGAACUCUGUACUGCCUCCCAUGAUACCAUUACAGUCCACUGGAUCUCGGAUGAUGAGUUCAGCAUCAGCUCCUAUGAGCUUCAGUACACCAUAUUCACUGGCCAGGCUAACUUCAUCAGCCUGUAUAAUUCGGUGGAUAGCUGGAUGAUUGUUCCCAACAUUAAGCAGAACCAUUACACAGUGCAUGGACUCCAGAGUGGGACACGUUACAUCUUCAUUGUCAAAGCUAUAAAUCAAGCAGGCAGCCGUAACAGUGAACCUACCCGACUAAAAACAAACAGCCAACCCUUUAAAUUGGAUCCCAAAAUGACUCAUAAGAAGUUGAAGAUCUCCAAUGAUGGAUUGCAGAUGGAGAAGGAUGAAAGCUCUCUGAAGAAGAGCCAUACUCCAGAAAGGUUUAGUGGCACAGGGUGCUAUGGAGCAGCAGGAAAUAUAUUCAUUGACAGUGGCUGCCACUAUUGGGAGGUUGUCAUGGCUUCCUCAACAUGGUAUGCAAUUGGCAUUGCCUAUAAAUCAGCACCCAAGAAUGAAUGGAUUGGCAAGAAUGCUUCCUCAUGGGUUUUCUCUCGAUGCAAUAGUAACUUCGUUGUGAGACAUAACAACAAGGAAAUGCUGGUGGAUGUGCCCCCACAGUUGAAACGCCUGGGUGUCCUUCUGGAUUAUGACAACAAUAUGCUGUCUUUCUAUGAUCCAGCUAACUCUCUCCAUCUUCAUACUUUUGAUGUGACCUUUAUUCUUCCAGUCUGUCCAACAUUCACAAUCUGGAACAAAUCCCUAAUGAUCCUGUCUGGCUUGCCUGCCCCAGAUUUUAUUGAUUACCCUGAGCGUCAGGAAUGCAACUGCAGGCCUCAAGAAUCCCCUUAUGUUUCUGGGAUGAAAGCUUGCCAUUAA